UGACCGCGUUUACAUUCGUGAUUUUUCGGUUAAACCGUGCCCCCUUACGAACUAAACCGCAAGCGUGAAAGGCACCUGAGGGGGGGGGCUCACCCCUGACCACCUUAAUCCGCCCCUGGAUACAGAGAGUGACUGUGCGCGUGUAUGUGUGCAAGACUCGCUCGUGCCCCUAGAGGGCUCAGCUGUCUCUCGGUGUGUCAGUCAGUGUGUGUCUGUGGGUCUGUAUGUGAGUUCGGGCUCGUUCAUCAUGUCCACCGCAGGUGCUGCGGGAGUUAGCGGACCCGGACCGACACCGGGCCCGAAUCACGGCGCGUCAAACCCGCGAAAGUUCAGCGAGAAGAUCGCGCUGCACACGCAGAGACAGGCGGAGGAUACCGCGGCGUUUCAGGAGGUCAUGAUGGACCUCACCUCCACCCGGAUUCAGGCACAGAAGGUCAGAUUGUCCAGAAGUCAGGGCCUGUAUUACGGCGGAUCUCUGCCCAACGUCAACCAGAUCGGCAGGAACCCGUCAGAGCUGCAGGGAUCGUUUCAGUCUCCUCUGGACUCCUGUCGAUCCACACGACAUCAUGGUCUGGUUGAGAGAGUCCACAGAGACAAACGCUUCAUCUCGCCCAGCAGACCCUACAGGAGACAAAUGGACAGCUCUCACAGUGCCGCUAUGUAUCUGUCUCCGCCCCCUGACUCCAGCUGGAGAAGGAACUGGAACAAUAACUUUUCCACGGACAAGAGCCAGAUAUUCCAUCAGCUUCCUACCACAGCACUCAACAGAACUAACUCAGACUCAGCGCUUCACACCAGUGUUAUGAAUCCAGCAGCUGGUGAUUCGUUCGGUGGAGGACAGACGUUCACUCCGCAGGGCAGACGUGGCGUCUUCUCAUAUCCCGUCCCACCCAUUGAAGAGAACGGUCCAGAUGACGGAGCGCUUCUGAAACCUUGGGACUCCAGAAAGUUUCCACUGUUGUCUUCACGACCAAAGUCCUGUGAGGUGCCCGGAAUUACUGUCUUUCCCUCUCCAGACCAGCAGGGUGGCGCUCCCCACAUGUCAACACUGUUGAAUACGGGCGGCUCGCUGCCAGAUCUCUCCAGUUUGCACUUCCCGUCACCGCUGCCCACCCCACUGGACCCCGAUGAGCCCGGUUAUCCCACCCUCAGCGGGGGCAGCAGCACGGGUAACCUGACCUCCACCCUUACCCAGCUGGGCAUCAACACCCACAACACCUUCCACUCUCCAGGUCUGCUUUCGUCUCUGCCCGGUGCCCUGAGUAACCCAUCCCUCCAGUCAUCGCUUAGCAACCCCAACAUCCAAUCAUCUCUCAGCAGUCACUCAUUCCCCAACUCUCUUAGCUCCGCCUCCCUGCACUCCUCUCUCAGCAACCCCUCCCUCCAGUCCUCGUUAAGCUCCUCCCCCUCUCUGAGGUCAUCGUUCAGCAAUCAGUCACUGCGUUCCUCCCUCAGUAACUCCUCCCUCAGCAGCCAGUCCCUCCAAUCAGCAGCCGGUAACACUUACAGCAACGUACCCGGACAGCCGCAGCUGAACACAUCGCCCCGCAGACGAGCGCAGCUAACCCCUGUCGUUCUUCCCUCAGACACACGCAGACAUCACCCCAAACAGUUCUCGCCUACCGUGUCGUCCCCCCUCAGCUCCAUCACGCAGGGUGUAGCUCUUGACACCAGUAUGCUGCAGGUGGAUCAGAGAUUGUUGCAGUAUUCAUAUGGGCAGCCGCAGACAGGCGCUCAUACACACACGCUUCACCUGCAAAACAUGCAGAAUCUGCAGAAGUCACACAACUUUAAUGUGCAGCUGAAGCAGAACCCCUUAGGCUACGGGCCAUCAGACAUGCAGACGGACGUCCCGGCGGAGCAGCAGGACAGUCAGGACCUCAGCACUGAACUUGACUUUUAUAAUGAAACCUUGUUUCUGAAUUCCUUGUUGGAUGAUCCGUACCUGACCCUGCAGUUAACAGGCCGACAGAACCAGAACUUCAAUCAACAGUUGGUUUUGGACUCUCAGGGGGAGGCUUUAAAGCGUGACGGUAGUUCUGGCACCCCAUUGAAGGGUCAGGGCAAUUCCUACAACAUCCAGCAGGGGGCGCAGGAGUCCACACAACAACAGCUGCAGUGUCAGAGUUACACAGACACACAACACACUGGGACCGACAUCAUGCUGACGGGAGAUUCUUCGUCAGGACUAUCUAGGGAGAUCACCAGCGCCCUGUCGGGUGUGCCAGGCUUCGAGAUGGACCCGUUUGCCUCUGAUGACCCGCUGCAGAUGGACCCGUUGGCACUGGAGGGUCUGGGCAUGCUGACGGACGGAGACCUGAUGCUGGCUGACCCCGCGGUGGAGGACUCCUUCCGCUCUGACCAUCUGAAAUAGUGACAAAAUGUGGUGUUUGUGAAUGUGUUAACUUGUCCUUUGUGUGGUCAGAAACAUCAGGACGGACAGAUGUGUGUGUGUGUCUUAGCUGCUGGCUAACUAACGCUCUCGUGAACUGUGAGCAAUCCUCUCUUUAACUUGCUGCGCUUCUCUGAUCCUGUCACCGAUGCCACAUUGUCAGCCAAUCACAAACCACCCAUGGGUUUAUGACCCUUCCUCAUUGGCUCCAUUUCAGUCUGAGGUAAAUCAAACCAGGCUAGCACACAGAAUUCAGACAGAUGUCUGUUCGUUUUCUCAGCGUCACAUGUGAGUCUGUCUGUCUGUGUGUCCAGGGCAGCAGACAUGUUAAUAAACUGUGGUCAUUUUCUGCAGUAUGUAGUAUGCAAGCGAUGUGAAGAAGCAUGAACACUCAGAUGAUUUACUACAUUGUGCAGUAUACAAGAGAGCAGUGUGUGAAAUACCGUUCUUCUCCGUUUUCCCAGUGUGACAAAUGAACAGUAAAACAGUAUCAGGUGUUUUUUUGUUGCUUGUUAAUUGAUCAGACUGCCAAAUGUUACGACACAAGUCAACUGAUAACUGGAUGACCACUUGUGACUUGAAGUGUAGAGCGUUUGAAUCAUGUAUGGUGUAAUGAUGUCUAAUGUGGUUUAAAGAAUAGUGUAGAGUAUAUACUGCACAGUAUGAAGUAUGUAGUGAACUGAUGUUUCAGCUGGUACCUGUAGUGCUGAAUGUGGUGUGUUCCUCUUUGUGUUCUUGUGCUUGUGUUAAAGCAAAUGACCAAAUAUAUGUGCGUGUGAUCAGGUUUACCGGAAUCCUCUCGUCUGCACUCUCUGCCUGUAUUUGCACGGAUAUCCUUUUGAGCAAGGCCAUAUUCAAAGGAACACCUAUUUUUAUCUCACUCAAUAAUGUGUACUAUAAGAUUUAUUUUUUGAUGAGAGUUGCUAUUGAUGUGUAUGUGCAUAAAUGUGUUUGUAUAUGAAAAACUUGUUUAUAUAUUAUGGAAGAGAAGCUGCAGGGUUGGGUUUUGUCACGUGUGGUUUAAUUCUGAUCAAAAGCAUCUUGUGAAAUGGACACUGGCAUGGAAGAGGGAGCUCUGUGUUGUGUUUAGUACCACUGCCUUUGUUUGAAGUGUUAGAUCUUGUGUGUGUGUGUGUUGUGUUUGAGUUAUGAAUGCAGGAGUUGGGCUUUAAUUCUUACAGUGCCUGAACUUUCAAUGUGAUAUCAGAGCGUUUCAGGAGCUCACAUGAGGGUCUGUGUGUUUCUCAUGUUCCACUCGGCGCUGGACGCUGCUGUUUACUUAUUUCACUUUACAUUUAUCAUUCAAAAUAACAUGCAUUUAAUAUGGAGGACCAAAGUCAUUCAAUUUCAAUGUAUUCUCAAUUUUGCAUUGUUGCAAAGCAGCUUAAAUGCAUGUUACAGUAAACAGGGAAUAAAACAUGUUAGGACAGACAUAAGGAAAAAAGAAAAUUAAGAAAUGUGUAGAAAAGAAGGUGUUAUUAAGAGAUGUUAACUUGUGAAAACAGUCUAGUGUUUAAAACAUGCCACACAAUAACCAAUGUGGUACAGUAAUUAUAUUAUGAAUAAGUUUGGUCCUUCAUAUUUGUUGCCUUUGAACAACAGAUAAAAGAUGAGAUUGUCUAGAACAUUAAGACAUUUCUUACUGUCGGUCUGCAUGUAUGUACAGGACAUGAGUGUGGUUUUGUUUUUUAACGUUACAGAUGAUGUUUAAUGUCCUGCUGCUGCAUUGCACUGUGUAGAAUGAGCUGUUGAACAGCUGGACUCCUCUAUUAUUCCCUGUGAUGACUCAACUUUGACAUUCUCCUAUUGCGCUUUAGCUUUGUCUCUAUAGUACCUUGGCCUCGCUUUUGCCUUGGUCAAAUAUGAAAUAAAAAUAUUUUCUUUCUAUUUUAAGAUGUAAUUUUACAGUUGUUGCUUUUAAUUUGUGCCAUUUUGAUAACCAGGGAAACACAUUUGCUGUAAAUAAUGUUCCUAAAACACAGUAUCUAACAGAAAAUUUUUUAAGACUGUAUCCUCACCAUAUUUUACAGAAAAAUAAAGAGUUCAGAUGAAUGUGUGCCAGA